AUGACAACUGUUAAAGCUCAAUCGGAUUCGAGUGACCUGAUGUCUUCAGGUGCUAAGCCUGACAGCAUGAUCGGGGCCGCCAACCAAGACAUAGAAGCCUCACCACAGAUGGAAGGCUCACAAGGCAAGGAACCCAGCAAAUGUCGGCCACGGAUCAGGUACCGAACAGAGCUUCGUCAUCGUGUUACAGGCGACUUGAUCCAUCGAUCCGAUUCAGAUAAACCCCAACAACGAGAACUCCGAGUCGAGAACCAGGACAAUCAACCAAUCUUCGAGCUCAUCACACGGUACGAGACAGGGGGAUCUAAGCUCGAACAGGCCCGGGAAGCUCUGCAAGAACCCUCGGAGGGCCAGCUUCUGGAUUCAGCUCCAUCUUACUCCUUGCGAAUUUAUUCCUCGGCCAUACUCAAUGCACUACGGUCCGUCGUCCAAUACUAUCCAAGCCAGGAUCUCACGGGGUCUACCAUAGAAAUCAAAUGGCCUUAUCCCAUCCUUGUACACCACUACGAUGUGCUGCAGAAGUUCAGGGCAAACUGCGACGCCAAAGAUCCCGAUGAGCUUUGUGCCCGUGAGAAAGACGCAUCCGCUCAUAUUGCACAUCUUCUUAGAUUCCUGGAUGACAAUAUUAUGGAAAGGGUCUGGGCAGAGGAGGAACGCGUCAAGAAAGGCUUCCACACGUUCGAUAAUCUAUGGAUUAAUUUCAAGCCCGGAAGUACCGUCUUGUUCCGCACCUUGCAAUCAGAAUGGGAAGCCAUGGUCGUCUCCCAUGUCACGGGUGGCAUCUACCAGAACCCGACUGCCCCUUGGAAGGUGAAUGGGUGGCAACUAGAGUUCGACGGAAAAUACCUCGGGCGACGCGUUGGUGAAAUCACACCAUUCCCAUUUGAUGGUGAAAAGAGUUUCAAAGUGGACACGAUAUUCGUCCCCGAUCGUGACCGGAUCGAAAACGAAGAGGCAGAAAAACUCAUUAACUAUGGGAAAAUUCUACUCACCGUCAUCAAGAUGACUGACGAGAUGAAUUCAGAGUGGCUGCACGUGAAGAAUUUCUACGCACCUGAAUUUCAAAACGACAUGAUCGAGGACCUCGUGAUGGACCAGGCCAGGAUCAAGAUGCUCAAGGCGCUGGCUAAGAGUUAUAUCCGCGUCAACAAGCGUGGAGAUCAAAUCGAGCAUGAGCCAUGGGCCGCGGACUUUGUCAAGGGCAAGAGGAACGGGCUCAUCUUCCUUCUACAUGGGAAGCCGGGUGUCGGAAAAACCGUGACAGCAGAGUCCAUAGCUGAAUACACCAAGCGGCCACUGAUGAUUAUAACAAGCAGCGACAUCGGCACCAAUCCGUCGAUAGUGGAAGCGAAUCUGACGGGAAGCUUCAAGCUCGCGAAGAGCUGGGGAGCAGUCAUUCUCAUUGAUGAGGCAGACGUGUUCAUGGAGAGACGAGGACCGGCUGACCUGGAAAGGAACAGCUUGGUGGCUGGUUUUCUCAGGGCCCUCGAGUUCUAUGAUGGUAUCUUGUUCCUGACUACCAACAGGAUUGGAGCAUUUGACGACGCCUUCAUCUCACGGAUCCACGUGCAGCUGUUCUACCCCGACUUCACAGACGACGAACGACAACAGGUCUGGAUGACAUUCAUGCAGAAGCUGACCAAGGAUCGCGGCAAGUUUAUGCGGAUCAGUAUGGACGCCAAGGAUUAUAUCAGGGGCAACGAGGUCCGCUCCGUCAAAUGGAACGGGAGGGAGAUACGCAAUGCUUUUCAAACUGCCGUCUCUCUUGCGGAGUACGAGGAUGAGAGAGACGAAGAGGGCAAGAUCCUGCUUACCGACGAGCACCUGAGAUCAGUUGUCGAGCUGUCAAGGGAUUUCAAGGAUUACCUCAGUAAAUUGCACAAGGGGGACGAAGAGAAGCGAGCGCUCAGAAGGUACGAGAGGCUUGAUACCUAA